AUGUUCUUUACCGCAUUCUCUCUCUCUCGCCCUGCCGCAUUCGCUCACUCUCGCUCUUCCGCAUUCUCUCUCUCUCGCUCUGCCGCAUUCUCUCUCUCGCCCUGCCGCAUUCUCUCUCUCGCCCUGCCGCAUUCUCUCUCUCUCGUGCGCGCGCGCGCGCUCUGCCGCAUUCUCUCUCACGCCCUGCCGCAUUCUCUCUCUCUCGCUCUGCCGCAUUCGCUCACUCUCGCUCUUCCGCAUUCUCUCUCUCUUGCUCUGCCGCAUUCUCUCUCUCUCUCUCUCUCUCUCUCUCUCUCUCUCUCUCUCUCUCUCUCUCUCUCUCUCUCUCUCUCUCUCUCUCUCUCUCUCUCUCUCUCUCUCUCUCUCUCUCUCUCUCGUGCGCACGCGCGCGCGCUCUGCCGCAUUCUCUCUCUCUCGCCCUGCCGCAUUCGCUCACUCUUGCUCUUCCGCAUUCUCUCUCUCUCGCUCUGCCGCAUUCUCUCUCUCGCCCUGCCGCAUUCUCUCUCUCGCCCUGCCGCAUUCUCUCUCUCUCGUGCGCGCGCGCGCGCGCUCUGCCGCAUUCGCUCUCACGCCCUGCCGCAUUCUCUCUCUCUCGCUCUGCUGCAUUCGCUCACUCUCGCUCUUCCGCAUUCUCUCUCACUCUUGCUCUGCCGCAUUCUCUCUCUCUCUCUCUCUCUAUCUCUCUCUCUCUCUCUCUCUCUCUCUCUCUCUCUCUCUCUCUCUCUCUCUCUCUCUCUCUCUCGUGCGCACGCGCGCGCGCUCUGCCGCAUUCUCUCUCACGCCCUGCCGCAUUCUCUCUCUCGCUCUGCCGCAUUCGCUCACUCUCACUCUUCCGCAUUCUCUCUCACUCUUGCUCUGCCGCAUUCUCUCUCACGCCCUGCCGCAUUCUCUCUCUGGCUCUGCCGCAUUCGCUCACUCUCGCUCUUCCGCAUUCUCUCUCACUCUUGCUCUGCCGCAUUCUCUCUCUCUCGCCCUGCCGCAUUCGCUCACUCUCGCUCUUCCGCAUUCUCUCUCUCUCGCUCUGCCGCAUUCUCUCUCUCUCGCCCUGCCGCAUUCGCUCACUCUCGCUCUUCCGCAUUCUCUCUCACUCUUGCUCUGCCGCAUUCUCUCUCUCUCGCUCUGCCGCAUUCGCUCACUCUCGCUCUUCCGCAUUCUCUCUCUCUCGCUCUGCCGCAUUCUCUCUCUCACGCCCUGCCGCAUUCUCUCUCUCUCUCUCUCUCUCUCUAUCUCUCUCUCUCUCUCUCUCUCUCUCUCUCUCUCUCUCUCUCUCUCUCUCUCUCUCUCUCUCUCUCUCUCGUGCGCGCUCAGUCCCUCUCUGACCAAUUCCCUCCUCCUUUGCCACGUUCACUCACGCUCUGCCCCAUUCACUCCCUCGUUGCCCCAUUCACUCCCUGUCUGCCCCAGUCAGUCCCUCUCUGA